AUGGGCCAGUUGAAGUUUAUGAUCGGCUCCGGGCCCAAGAUCAGUAUUGGAGACAAAGGAAAUUUUCUGACUCCAUUCAUUCAACUGGGCGCGGCCUAUUUUACAGCUUACGGUGGCCGCGGCGUAGGAAAUGAUGAUCAGAAUGUCCAGUGGAAGCCAAAGGUCAUGGAGUUACGCAUGCGCCAGGAAUGGGCCGAGAUCAUGGGGAAGACCAUUGCCAAAUAUACCCGCGAUGUAUCACUCAGGGAUAAAAAACUGACCAUUUAUACUGAUGUGGCGGCCCUUAAACAGGAACUGAUGUUUGGUAAGGAACAGCUGAUCAAUAAGCUCAAUGCCCAUUUUGAAGAAACGGUAGUGACGGAUAUUAUUGUCAAAUAA